UUUGGCUGGGGCGGCAAGGUCCGGAGUCGGGGGGUGCGGGGCGGCGUAUGUGUGUUCGACCGGAGAUCCCGGUGGCUGCACUGUUUAGCAGCCAUGCUGCCCGGAGUGGGCGUGUUCGGCACCAGCCUCACAGCCCGGGUCAUCAUCCCACUCCUGAAGGACGAGGGCUUUGCGGUGAAGGCACUGUGGGGCCGGACGCAGGAAGAAGCCGAGGAGCUGGCGAAGGAGAUGAGCGUUCCUUUCUACACCAGUCGCAUCGACGAGGUGCUGCUGCACCAGGAUGUGGACUUGGUCUGCAUCAACCUGCCUCCUCCUCUCACCCGGCAAAUCGCGGUCAAGACCCUGGGUAUUGGGAAGAAUGUCAUCUGUGACCGAACAGCUACACCCCUGGAUGCCUUCCGGAUGAUGUCGGCUGCCCACUACUACCCCAAACUCAUGAGCAUCAUGGGCAACGUCCUGCGCUUCCUGCCUGCCUUUGUGCGUAUGAAGCAGCUCAUCCAGGAAGGCUACGUAGGGGACCUGCUGGUAUGUGAGGUUCAGGUGCACAGUGGGAGCCUCCUGGGCAAGAAGUACAACUGGAGUUGUGAUGACCUGAUGGGAGGCGGGGGUCUUCACUCUGUGGGCACUUACAUCAUUGAUCUCCUGACCUUCCUCACCAGCCAGAAGGCAGUGAAAGUUCAUGGGCUGCUCAAGACCUUCGUGAAGCAGACAGACCACAUCAAGGGCAUCCGCCAGAUCACCAGCGAUGACUUCUGCACCUUCCAGAUGUUGUUGGAGGGUGGUGUGUGCUGUACUGUAACCCUCAAUUUUAACGUGCCGGGGGAAUUCAAGCAGGACAUAAUCGUGGUGGGUUCUGCUGGGCGGCUGAUGGCAGCUGGCACAGAUCUCUAUGGCCAGCAGAACAGUGCCCCGCAGCAGGAACUCCUGCUUCAAGAUGCUACUCCUGUCAGCAAUUCCCUGCUGCCAGAGAAAGCCUUCAGUGACAUCCCCUCCCCGUACCUACGGGGCACCAUCAAGAUGAUGCAGGCAGUACGGCAGGCCUUCCAGGACCAGGAAGACCGACGGACCUGGGACGGGCGGCCCCUCACCAUGGCCGCCACCUUUGAUGACUGCCUCUAUGCCCUCUGUGUGGUAGACACCAUCAAACGGUCCAGCCAAACAGGGGAGUGGCAGAACAUCACCAUCAUGACUGAGGAGCCAGAGCUGAGCCCUGCCUACCUGAUCAGCGAGGCCAUGCGCAGGAGCAGGAUGUCUCUGUAUUGCUAGCAUGGGUUAGGGACAAUGGUGGCCAUAGGAAAUUUGGGGAUGGCAGUGACAUUGGGGAGGUGGAGAAAGAAUGAAGCUGAAUGCUUUUGGGGGAGUGGAGGAAAUGAAACCCCUUCUUUGCUGCAAAAAAAAAGAAAACCUAAGGGUUUGUGGGGAGUGGACCCCAAACAGGAUUCUUUGUGGGCAUGAACUAACCACAUGAGGAUUCAGAGUCUUCUGGGCUGCACUUGUCUGGUCAGCAGCCAGUAGUGCUAGCUGACUGAGCUCAAGGUGGAAAUUCCUAUGUGGUUUAUCUGCCUCUUUUGCAUUUACUGUGAAAAGUAGAAGGCUUUUUUUUUUUUAAACCUUCCCUGCCUUCUGUCUGCAUCACUUUUCUCUACACGCGGCUCUACACCCCACAUAUGCAUCCAUCCCAACUUUCCCUCCCAGUCACAUGAUGUUGUAAGAUCAGGCUGCACUCAAUGGCUAGCUGUGUUUGCUGCUGGCAUGAAAGACCUUCCUGAUACCCAAUUCUGGCACCAUGUGGUCCUGCAGUCUCAUAUCUCCACAUAUGUCAGUUUUCUCUAGAUGAAAAGGAUGAGCAGAGUGUGUGUGUGUGUGUGUGUGUGUGUGUGCAGUAGAUGGGUAUAAGGGGAUUAUCAAGCAUGAUAAUGCUUGGAGGCUGGGCAGCCACCUUUCAGACUAUAGUGUUUGAAUGAGAAAGCAUCACCAAACCUUAUUCUGUAGGGAAGAGUAUAGCUUUUCUGGAUGACACAGUCCCCUUUCCACUUACUCUCUGCUUCUUAUCCCUCCCUCCCCUUGCAGAUUGUCAGUAAGGGUCUUUGCAAAAAAUGACUUACACCAAUUGGUUUCCCCCCAUUACUGGUGAGAAGCAGAAAGCAGAGCUCACUUUGAUUUUUUUUUUUACAAAGUUGGGUUAGGAGACAGGACUAGAAUUGGAGAAACAACCUGAAUCCAUCAACAGUUUGAAUAACCAUAUUGAAACCUCACUGUGACACUCAUUAGAUUUUAGCUUGAGGUUGAAUUAGGAUUUAUGGAUACCAGAGAGACCAUAAAUUACUCUAACACAGUUUUGUCUGCCAAGGUAAUUGCACAGCUCAAACCUCAGGUACAUACAAUAUUACAGAAGAUAGCACCCAGUGAAGUCCAAGUAUACUUGGCUGACAGCCCCAUCUGCUCUUGGUACAGAAUGAGAGAAAACAGGUGAUUUGACAUCAUAGGUAUAACAGCCCAGACUGAAUUUAAAGCUCACAACACUUUUGGAAUUGCCUUGAACUGUAUUAAACCUCUUUCUAUUCAUCUGGAAAUGUGAAGAAAAAAUGUUCUGGAACUAUUGCUCAGAUUUUUUUCCUCUGUAGGUUUGAAAGGGAGAGAGCUGGUUAGUCCCUCAUAUCUCUAAAAAGAAUCCUUUCUUCCCUGCCUCCUUAGAGAAGUAAGGAUCAUCUGACUUGCCUUUGUUCCCAAGAUCUAGGUCAGCCUCUGAUGGAUUUUGGGUAUGACCUUUUAAAAUGAAAUCAAAGGGCAUAAUUUUUAAUAUUUCUUUGGUUUGAUGGGGUUUGGGUUUCUCUGAUUUAUGACUACCCCUACAAAACUACUCUGCCUUGGCAGGUCCCUUAGCCUCUCUGUGCCUCAGUUUCCUACUCUAUAAAAGGAGGGGAUUGGACAAGAUGACCUCUGUGGUCCCUUCCAGCUCUAAACCUGUGAUUUGGUGAUUCUCUGGGUGGAAGGUAGAAAGUCAUUGAUAAAGCAUUGCUCCCGUGUCUGUCACAGACUCAUGCCAAGGGAAGAAAGCUUACUUCAGUGGGGAAAGCAAGAACUUUGAGCUACUUUUCAGUUAACUGAAAACAGAAUUAGAAGAGACCUCUAGAAAGCGUCUGGUACAGUCCAUUGCCAUUGGGCAGGUGAAUGUCCAAGUUGACUAGGAUUAUUAGCUUCUUUUCUCCCCUUUCCCUCCCCACCACUGACAUAUACUGUGAGUCCCUGGGCUACUACAGUACAUUCAAUUUUUUAAAAAUAAAUUGAAAUCCUACUGGAAAUGUUCUGCUGUUUCCAAUGAGAAUCAUCAAGAUUGAAACAAUUCACCCUCUCUGCUGAGGAGCCUAACUGUAGCAUCCUAUACAUUUUGGUCACUGACCUAAAGCCAUUACAUCAGGAGUUCCAGCCUCUUGCUGCAGUAGAUCCAAAAUGGAAAAUUUGGUAGGAUUGAGAAGUCUCCUUGGAAUCACCUUAGACUUCUUCAGGAGCUCCAUUUCUUUGAGACAUUCACCUGUGGCAGGACCUCCCAUCCCUCUUUUCCUAGGUUUCAGGGCUAGGUGGAAUGCUUACCUUUGGGUAAAUAGAUUCUGUGGGGCCUGAGUGAAAAAAGUGCUUAAAUCCCAGCCUGUUUUGAAAGAGAUGGUUGUCACCAGGAAGAGAGAGAGGGAAAGGCACAUUACUCUAUUAUUCUCUUUGUUUCAAAAUUCCAAGUGACAUUCUAUAAUUAGGAAAAUCCUUGGAAACUCACCAUAAUGGUAGGGAGAUAUUUUCAAAUGGUAGAAAUUCAGGGUCCUUUUUGGUAGCCUGUGAGUGCCUCUUUGAAGACAGGAUGUAGAAGCAGUGUGUAUUUCCUAAUUAAGAAAAACACAGAAAUGAACAUUUUAGCCAAGGAAACCCCAAAGAAUGGCUCCUGGGAUGCCUCUGGUGCAGGUACAGGAAACAGAAAUAACUAAAGGUAGGAUGGUUCUCUUAGUUAAAAAGUCAGAGAUAAAAUCCAACAUGACUCAAUUCUUGGGUCUUAACUUCUGUCCCAGUGCCAAUAGAGUCAAAGUCUUUGUAGAUGGAGAGGAAAUAAGCAAUGGCUUAAAAAAAAAGAUUUGUAUGUUAUAUUUUGUUUUUACAUUGCUUAGACUUUGUCCUAUGAAUGU